AUAACAGGAGGUGCAUGAGGAGGCAGGGAGCUGGAAAGAGGGGGGAAAAGGCUGACAGAUGAGUGGAGUGAGGCACAGAACGGAGGGAGUGGCGCAGGAAGGCAGGAGCGGCUUGUGUGCGGGAGCGUGUGUGUGUGUGUGUGUGUGUGUGUUUGGAGGGAAGGGAUUAGAAAUUGAAGAGAGUCGGCGUAAAGGAGAGAGCCGUUCCCACAGUGACAGAUCUGAAAGCAAGUGAGGAGGAACAACAGGGGCAUACCCCCUUCAUCCUCCUCCUCCUCCUCCUCCAAAGACCCUGAGCCGUGGUGGGAGAUACAGAGAGGACGACAGGCUGACAGAAGACAUCGCCAAACAUCCAUUUACUCUCUGGGUUGUUUGACCAGGCUGGUUUCCACGGCGACAACAUGGGUGCAGUGGUGGGCACUUUGACCAUGCAAACCAAACAGAGGAGACCGUCCAGAGAUAAAACAGAUGACGAGCUGGAGAUGACGACGGUGUGUCACAGGCCAGAGGGCCUGGACCAGCUGGAAGCCCAAACCAAUUUCACCAAACAAGAACUGCAGAUCCUGUAUCGGGGUUUUAAGAAUGAAUGUCCAAGUGGAGUCGUCAAUGAGGAGACGUUUAAACACAUUUAUGCACAGUUCUUUCCUCAUGGAGAUGCCAGCAUGUACGCACAUUAUCUCUUCAACGCAUUUGACACCACAAACAACGGCUCCAUCAAGUUUAAGGACUUUGUAAUGGGUUUGUCCAUCCUGCUGAGGGGAACGCUGAGGGAAAAGCUGGAGUGGACAUUUCACCUUUACGACAUCAACAGAGAUGGGUACAUAAACAGAGAGGAAAUGACUGAGAUUGUGAGGGCCAUUUACGACAUGAUGGGCAAGUACACCUACCCGGCGCUAAAGGGGGACGUCCCGCAGCAGCAUGUGGAUGCCUUUUUCCAGAAAAUGGACAAGAACAAAGAUGGAGUGGUGACAUUGGAGGAGUUCAUUAUCGCGUGCCAAGAGGAUGAAACCAUGAUGAGAUCAAUGCAGCUCUUUGAAAAUGUGAUGUAGGAGUGGAGGCGUGGGAGACAAAGACGUGAAAAGCGAGAGGGCUUGGUGCGAGUGCGUGUGUGUGGAUGCAUAUGUGCAAUACAUUAAGUCUCUGCUCCUUCUCCUCCUCCUCAUCCCAGUUUAUCCAGCUGUGCUCUGGAUGCAGUCGGAUCCUCUGCCCCACCCCCCGUUCCCCUUGCAGUGACUUGAAUGAAAUGACUGGACUGCAGUGCUUUACAUCCGUCCUGCUGAGAUUUUUGCUCGACACACAACACAAAGUGACUGAUACGACAG